CCGCCCCCGCGCGGGGGUUUGAAGCUCCGUUCCCGCCAUCUGCAGCUUCCUCCGGCCGCUGUGCAUCACCUGAGGGAAUAUGCCAUUUGCUAAUGAGAUUGUGUCACUGCAAAGAUUUCUGCUAAAAUUGAAGACAAGGGCAUUGCCAGAGUACUAAUUGAUAAAAAGCUUUCUGAGGUUGGAUUUAUUCUCUCCCUGCUUCUGAACCAACGAUGAGGAAAUGGGAAUCAAUGCGGAAGCAAAUAGAAGAGCGAGCAUCUAACUAUGAGAGGAAGCCGUUGUCGUCUGUGUAUAGACCGAGACUGUCCAAGCCAGAAGAACCACCCUCCAUUUGGAAGCUCUUUCAUCGUCAGAAUCAAGCUUUUAAUUUUGUUAAAAGCUGUAAAGAGAAUGUUCACGUAUUUGCUGUGGAGUGCAAAGCAGGAGACGGACAGCGUGUUUACCUUGUAACGUCCUAUGCUCAACUCUGGUUUUACUACAAGUCCCGGAAAACUCUCUUGCAUUGCUAUGAAGUUAUUCCUGAGAAUGCUGUGUGCAAGCUUUAUUUUGAUUUGGAAUUUAACAAACUGGCCAACCCAGGAGCUGAUGGGAAAAGGAUGGUUGCAUUGCUCAUAGAGCAUGUUUGUAAAGCACUUGAGGAGUUAUACAAUGUUCACUGCUCAGCUGAAGAUGUUUGCAACUUGGAUUCCAGCACUGAAGAAAAAUUUAGCCGACAUCUAAUAUUUCAGCUCCAUGAUGCGGCAUUUAAAGAUAACAUUCAUGUUGGUAAUUUUGUGAGAAAAAUUCUGCAACCUGCUCUUCACUUAAUUACCCAGGAAGAUGAAGAUAAAAUUCCAGAGGAAAUGGGCCACGAAGCUUCCUGUUUUUGUGAUGUACCAUUAGAACAAGAGACUUCAGAAGCCUGGGAGAUGCCGGAGUUGCCUAAGCAGCACAGCCCUGACCUUUCCUUUUUAGUUGUGAAGAAUGGCAUAGGAGAAAAGUGUCUUUUUGUAGAUUUAGGAGUUUAUACAAGAAACAGAAACUUUCGACUAUAUCAAUCAUCAAAGAUAGGAAAAUGUGUGGCUUUGGAGGUUGCUGAAGAUAACAGAUUUAUCCCAGAACAGUCAAAAGAUAUUUCUGAGGAAAACCAGUAUUUCCUGUCUUCCCUGGUGAGCAAUGUCAGAUUCUCAGACUCUUUGCGAAUUCUCACAUGUGACACAUCUCAGACUAAAAGAAAGCGGGCUGAGUAUUUUAACAGCGCUGGCGCUUCAGCCGAAUCCAUUGAAGGCUUUCAAUGCUCACCGUAUCCUGAAGUUGACCAAUUUGUUAUUUCUUUGGUGAAUAAACAUGCCAUUAAAGGAGGAAUUCGGCGUUGGAACUACUUUUUCCCAGAAGAAUUACUGGUUUAUGAUAUUUGUAAAUAUCGUUGGUGUGAAAACAUUGGAAGACCCCACAAAAGUAAUAAUAUUAUGAUUCUGGUUGACCUGAAAAAUGAAGUUUGGUAUCAAAAAUGCCAUGAUCCUAUAUGUAAAGCACAAAACUUCAAAUCUAACUGUUUUCCGUUACCCACUGAAGUAAGUCUGCGGUUUCUCCUGCAAGAGGAGGAGUUCACUUCUGAUGAAGCAGACGAGAUCAGCAACUCCCUGGCCAAGAAUUCUCAAAUCCCAUCAUCCAGCAGCCUGUUACCAGGAGAGUCUUCUGAUGCUGACUGGGAUGACAAAGACGACGCCUGCUUCCUAGAAGCCACAGAAGAUGCUGAAUUCGCUGAUGCUGCAGACAGGAGUCUUCUUGGUAACAAGAGUGCAAUGGACGAUAUUCCUGACGAACUCAUUAUGGAAGCAUUACAGAGCAGCUAACCAUGGCAGGAUUUACAUAAUGAGGCUACAGUUUGCCUGAAGCCUGAGAUUUGAUGACAUAAAUGUUAAAUUAGGGCUGGGGCUAUAGCCCAAGAGUAGACUACUUACCUAGCAUGUGCAAGGUCCUGCAUCUAAUCCGCAAUACAAUAAAAUUACAUUAACUUAUUAUUAAACCUGUUUAUAACAACCGUUUUAUCACUUAGCUUUCUAAUAAUUUGCUUUUUACCUGAGCCAGUUUUAUUGAAGAUUAACUUUGACAUACUUCAAUAGAUGCUCCUAAUUAACCAAAAUUAUUCCAUGCUUGCACUGACACCAUUAAAAGUUUAUUGUAGGGUAAAACUCUUAUGCCAAGUGAUGACUAACAUGUCAAGACUGAAAUUUAUUAAUAAUAAUCAGAACUACAUGGCUUCUGAAACUGCUACAGCUGAACGGGCGUAAUUUAGUUUGAAUGACAAAAUGAUAAUAAAUUCUGAUGAGUAAGCCACACUUAUUUUCAGAUGGGAAGUUUGAAGAGUGUCAAGAGCACAGCUUCAGGAGAGAUGGCGGCAGGAGGCUGACUCAGCUUGUGGUCUCCUCACUCCAGCUCAAGGAGCUUCUCCAGCUGAUAGUUGAUGGUUUUCAGGUGUUUCUUGGCUCCCAGAAUCGUUCUUGCUUUAAACAACAGAGCUGGAAGACUAGAUGAGCCGUACUGUUGAUGAAAGAGCAAUACUUGCUUAACUAGCAUCAUUAGGAAACCAUGUUUUAGCCCAUCCCAUCUCCUCAGAAAAUAAUGUCCAACAGAACCAACCAACAAAGCCAGAGUAGAUCUCUGUACCCCAGGCAACACAAGUCGACUCAAAGAACUGUGGCAUCUGCACGAAUAAAAAUGGCAAGUCCUGCCUCAAACUUGGACUAGGCAAGUGUGUUAGUGCUAUGUAGGGUCUACUUGAUCUCAUUUAUUUUGAAACAGAAAUGUCUACAGCGAGUUUCCUUUUACUGCAAGAACUAAUGGAAUGAGAACAACUGGCCUGUUAAAAUCUACAGCAAAAUAAUCUCAAAGGUCUCAUUUAGUAAAGUUACUUAGAGGAUCAAUGAAGCCUUAAAGGUUGCCAAUCCAAAUGUAAGGACAAAGUUAUAACACUACUCGAAAUCCAACUCAUGACCUGGAAAUAAUUAACAAAGCCAAACUUCCUGCUAACUAUCUGAGAGAAAUUAAAUUCCUGUUAAAUAAUUUACUAUACUUUUAGAAGCUUGCUAACAAAUGUGUUUCCAAGGUAUUUUUCUCAGUGACAAAAACUGAGCAGAAAAGCUGCCAGACAGUGGUGAGCCCUCAUAACAAUGGGACUUGAUUUCUGCCACACACAUACUGUGUUAUUAGAGAAAUCCACUCAACAGACGUAGGUCAUCUCCACUCAAGAUGCCUCAAGCACCCGCUCUCGGAGUGGGAAGAAUAUACUUGGAGCAGCUGCGGGUUUCAUUUAGGAAGAGGUGUGACAUAUCCAGAUGUCACAGAAGAGGAUAGGUGCCUGGCAGUAAGGGUACAACAGGCACUGAAGGUCCUACACAGCCUCGUCCGUGACAGACUGCUCCAUAGUUACCACAGCUCGGUUUUCAAGCCUUGGGGUAGAUCUGGGAGAGCAUUUGCCUAGCACAUGAAAGAGUGAUCCUGGCUUAACCAAGAACUAUGUACAGAUUAAGUCAAAGCUACCUUUAACUUUCACAAAUUUAGUGAUCAAAUCCCUAAAAUAAAGUUUAAGUGUAUUUUAAAAAUAUAUUUUUGUAGCUCUACUAUAUGAACAGAUCUUUAGCUCAGAUCUUAAGGUUGAAUUUAGAGGUUACAAAUACAAACCUGAUCAUUAGAUGCUCAGAGACAUUGUGUGUAAUUACCUAUCACUUUCUCUACACAAUUCUUAGUGUAAUUCCUUACACAGUUCUAU